AUGUCUUCUGCUGUGCACUACGCCGCUUUGUCCCCUCACCGAGGGUGUGGUUUGUCAUUGUCACCUCAACUUCGUGAUGAUGUGUCGCACUGUGCCACACAAGGCGGAGCUAAACCUAAUAACCAUGGCCAACCACACACAAACCACCACUUCCAGCUCAACCGCACACCAGUUGUACCCAUGCGAUACACCAAUCUAGAAGAGCUGGGGAAGGCCGCGAGGCAGGCAACAGGGGCCGUGUCGGGCUUCAAGCCCAAGCGCAUGGUCGAUCUGGCACUAUCUCAGAUAGAGCAGUACAAGCAGAUGUUGGAGAUGGACCUGGAGCUGGCAGCCUACCACAUAUUCCAGGCCCGCGAGAUUCUGUUUGUGUGCAUCCCUCGCCACCCGGACUACGAUAAAUUCCAGGCCAAGAAGGGCCCUUUCCACGAGACGUACGUGGAGCUGUGUGACCUGGCCGAAACCGACAGACGGGUGCUGGAGCUCAUCUCCACUGUCAAGGGCAAGUAUGUGCGGGAAAAGACAUCGGGUGUGCGACGACAGUCCAACGACGACCUGCUGCAAUCCAUCGACGACACUAUACGAGGCUUUUCGCAUCUCGACGUCCAACAACAGUCUGCCCCCCCCACAGAGACUGAUCCACUCAAAGACAAGCUGGAGAAACUGCGUGGUAGGAGCCCCGAGGUGCAGCGGGCUACAUUGACGACCAACGGCAGCAGCACCACCACCACGAAAAACGGUGUCAUGCCCCCACCGAAGAUAUCGCCACCGCCCGUUCCAGUGCCGCAAAACGGAGGCUACGUACGACAGUCAUAUGUGGGCCCUGCAUCUGUGCCCUCCCCACCGCCCCAUUCAGUGACUCCGCCCACACCGCCACGUCACACUAUCACGCUCAAGGCGCCGCAGCUGAUCUCGUACCUUGGACACGCUCCCGAGACUCUGCUGCUGCUCGACAUUAGACCCCGAGCAGACUUCCAGAAAUGCCAUAUUGCCGCUCCCAACGUUGUGUGUGUGGAACCGCACCUGCUGGAAGCAGACAUGACAGAUGAGCAAGUGGAGGAGAAAAUGCUGGCUGCACUGACGACGGAGGAGUUUGAGCGGUUCAUGGCCCGAUCGGCGUUUGAAAUCGUUGUCUUCUACGACCAGAACAGUACAAGCUACCAGACCCGUCCGCUGAAAAUUCUGCUCAAGGCGCUCUACAGCCAGGCGUUCAAGCGGCCUCUUCAACGCCCUCCAUGUCUGCUGGUUGGAGGUCUGGACGAGUGGAGACACUCAGGAGCUGCCACAUCUUUCAUUGACACCCGGUCCCCUCUACAGCAAAGGGCAGAGCUGGCACGAACACAAACGGAUCCUACCCCCGUGGCGUCCUACGACCCCAACAGAGUCUAUUCGCACCCCUACGCCAGCAACUACGCCAGCUAUGCGUACUCAUAUGGUCCUAACCAGUCAUCCCCAACUCCCCCUCCAGUACCAACCACCCCGCCUCCGAAACCCCCCUCUGCAAUGUCGUCUUCGUCGUCGCUCAACCUCCCACAAUCAAUGGCCCUAUCUUCAUCCACGUCGUUGCCGGAUCCCAGCUCGUACAAAAAUCAAAUGUACUCAUGUCAUCCGUAUCUCAACGAGCCCCUACCGGAGUCCAGGCACCACACACACGGCGUAUCUCAGCCCGCCCAGGCUGCCCGGUCUUCGCAUGGCUAUUACUCCCAUGCUCUUCCUCAGUUGUCGGUGAAUACGGCCUCUUCACCGAUCAAACAGCCGCCCAGUGCUUAUUCGCCAAAAGAAAAACACAAUGGCGAGUUCCCCAGUUACAAGAGUGUGCGCCAGCCUAUCCCACAGUCGCCGUACCUGCCCCAUCUUGCACCCAUGUCCGGAUCGCCUCCCCCCAUGUCUCUGACCUUUACCACAGGUCUCAAGAACCUCGGAAACACCUGCUAUAUCAACUGCAUCAUCCAGUGUCUUGCCACAUCGCAGCUGACCAAGAUCAUUGUGAAUCAGGCAUACAAGCAUCGAGUCAACAUGAAGUCAAAGCUGGGAUACAAGGGAGCUUUGAUUGCCAAGUAUGCUGAUCUCGUGCAGGCUCUAGUGGCGAACGCUUACCCUUACUUGGUCCCCACUUCCUUCAAAGGAAUCAUUGCACAUGUCAACUCUCAGUUCAGCGGCAUGGAGCAGCAUGACUGUCAGGAAUUUUUGACUUUCAUUCUUGAUGGCCUGCAUGAGGAGCUCAACUCUGUGGGCGAUGGUCAAUACAAGCCCCGUGAGCUGACCGAGAGCGAGGAGAAGCGACGAGAGGAGAUGAGUGUUCGAAUUGUGUCAUCUCUGGAGUGGGAGCGGUACCUCAAGUCCGCGUCUUCGUUUAUUGUCGACGAAUUUCAGGGCCAGUACCAAUCAAAGCUCCAGUGUACUGUGUGCAAAAUGACGUCGACGACAUACACUGCAUUCUCGUCGCUAACUCUGCCCAUCCCCAAGUACGCUGGGGCCACUCUCCCAACGCUGUACGACUGCUUCAACCAGUUUACGCAGCCGGAGUUGCUGGAGGGCGAAAACAUGUGGCAGUGCCCUACGUGCAAGAAGCCGCGGCCCACUAUCAAGUCUAUGAAGAUCUCGCGGCUUCCAGAAACUUUGAUCAUCCAUCUCAAGCGGUUCGACCACUCACGGGGCUAUGGAGACAAGCUCAACACGUUUGUUACGUACCCUCUGGAGAUGGAUCUCACGCGGUAUUGGCCUCCGCCCACAUCGGAGGACGAGCCCUUCUUGAAGAAGCUGCUUCCUCGUGGCCAGACGGCUCCUUUCCGGUACUCACUGUUUGGAGUGGCCAACCAUUACGGAACGCUGCGCGGGGGUCAUUACACGUCGUUCUGCAAGCGUGGCAAGCUCGGAUGGUGCUACUUUGACGAUACGGUGGUGAACAGAAACGUGAACGAGCGAGCCGUUGUUAACAAGAAUGCGUAUGUGUUGUUCUACCAGCGCCGGCACAAUCCUUAG